AUGAGAAAUAUGCAAGUGCCGGCGUACUGCCCAGUCGUGGUUGGUGCCCAGGCGUUGGAGAACAGCGGCGUUUUGAUGGAGUCGAAAAACGUCAUCGUCAUAUCAGCCAUGGACAUCAUCAUGCUCUCGUCACUGUCGCCCAUGCUCAUGGAUGAGGUCGAAGUUGCAGCUGGCAUGUCCAUGCUCAUUGACAUGCCAGCCGCGGUUGUCGUAGCCAUGUUCAUCAUGAAGGCUACUCUCCAACUAGCAGAGAGUUGGAAAAAACAGCAAUGA